GACGUAACCGCUAAUUUCAUAUGCAAUAUAGCAUCUUUUUGAUCCUAUAUUACAUCGCCUCGAAAUUACACAGAAUCAACGUUACCAUUUUUCUUCACAUCGUAUUUGUGUAAUAAUCACACCUAAACCAAUCCAACAUUACACAGAAGCAGAUGCAACCAAGUCGUUCUAACUUAUGUGUGUGAUAUUACACAAUUUCGAUGUCAUUUUGCAUUCAGCACCAAUGCAAUGAUACAUCUUGCAACACUGCUCAUACUUUGUUUUGGUCAGCGGUUCAAGAUGGCCGGCGUGGCAGCAGUCCGCGAUCGCGAUUUUUUUUUAUACGGAUUUAUUGUCGCGAAAACUCCCGGAAUCUUAUUUGUAAAAGUAAAAAGUAGUGCUUUUAUAUCCGACGAAUUCUGUAGUCGUUCGUAGCCAAUGCGAAUUGUAAUGUGGUGAAAAAAAAUUCAAAUAGAAAAAACCCUACCAGUGGCCGCAGCAAAAGUGUCCUACCAAGCAGUGCGAUACUCGAGAAAAACUUCGACCAGCGAUAACCGUAAUCCUGAUGACAACCCUCGGAGUCCGGAAAGAGGAUCGCUGAGGCAAUCCAUCACACCGUCGCUCUUGGCGGUUUCCCUAUUGAUGUGGCGAAGAGGAUCCAGUUUUUUCGCCGGAUUUGUCCAUAGAAUCACCGGUGCCGGAAAUCGCCAUCUGGUGGAGUUCUGCGCCGGAAGGAUGAAUCUGGUCAACAAGAUGGUUCACCCGGAAAACCGGAAGAGGCUGGUCUACGUGUACCAGGCAGAAAACGGGUUGAUCCACAUUUGCUGGAAGAAUCGCACGACGGGAAACGUGGAGGACGAUCUGAUUGUGUUUCCAGACGAUGGCGAGUUUAAAAAGAUCGAGAACGUAAAUAAUGGGCGGGUGUUCCUGUUGAAGUUUAAGAGUUCGAGCCGUCGGCUGUUCUUAUGGAUGCAGGAACCGAAGACGGAUAAGGAUGAGGAGUGGUGCCGCCGUAUUAACGAGUUGAUCAACAAUUCGCCGUCGUCGAACAAUCUGGGAGAGAGAUCGGGACGCGGCGGAAAUGGAAGCGACAAUGGGGACCUGCAGUACAUCAUGUAAAACAUGUCCCAGCAGCAGCUGAUGCAGUUGUUUGGACGACCGAUGGGAGGAUUGUGCAGCUUGCUAGGGUGGAUGAGAUCGGUAGGAAAAACAUGGCUGAGGCAAUUUAAACACAUCCUUGAGUGCCUUCAGACUUGUGUUUUAUUUGGAAGGGUUCACUGCGGUUCCUCGGAUUCAUCAUCUGAAACGUCCUAGUUAUUAUGCUCCAUAAUUUAACCCAAGAUCAGUCGCAUGCGUGUACAGAGUACACGCACCCUGAGGAAAGGUCGAUUUUCAUAAACAACACGAGCGAGGUGGUGCUGGAGAUGGCUGAAUGCGUGACCGCUCUUGAGUUAAAUAAUUGUUUAGUACAAUAAAAAUGUAUAUAUUAUGCAAUAAAAAGUAAUUGAUGAUUGUCAUGACUCUGUA